GAGCACCGAUAUAUCAGCCACGCAUGCGCAAACAUGAGUGCAUCGCUUUCAUAUGUGUGUUUAGCAGAUGGAGUAAUGAAAUAGACUCCACGAACUGGGCAAUUCGAAGUCUAGAUUUGUCGACUUCUCCUAGUUCAUAUCUUACUCGAAAUGUGACAAAUAUUCUACAUUACGUGUGGAUUUGACAUGAUUCUCCAAAAUGUCUGAUUUAGUGUGGAUUAUACACGGAGUUCUAACUUUGUUUUUGUGUGGGGUUGGAUUAACUAUAGACACUGACGAGCUGCACGCCCUUCAGGAAGAGUGUCGGGAUGGAACGUUUGGAUACAAGUGUAACUCGAAGUGCCGAUGCAAGCGCUACCAAACGUGCGAUAAAGUGACGGGGGAAUGUAUCCGGGACGAAUGCGAGGACAAUGGUUGGGGACCAGGCUGUCAGCUUUCCAACAACUGUUUUUACAAUGGUCAGGCGAUGACUUACCUUGGUACUAAGUCCAUCACUAGCGAUCUUUACCAGUGUCAGCGAUGGGACUUACAAAUACCUCACCGUCAUUCUUACAAAAGCGCCGAGCAAUUCCCUGACAAAACGAUGCCUGAAAACUAUUGCCGGACGACGGAGGACUCGGCCCGACCCUGGUGUUACACUACAGACAUAAACAGCCGCUGGGAACACUGUAAUAUCAACAACUGCAACUGUCCAGCUGGCCGGUUUGGCGACAACUGUAUAAAGGAAUGUCACUGUGCUGAUCUGAGCGAGGCGUGUGACAGUAUUCUGGGUAUCUGUUCCAGCGGGUGUGCCCAGGGCUGGGACGGCUACGAUUGUCAGCAAGCGAUUGCGUGUCCCCAAAAUCGGUUUGGAUGGGACUGUUCAAAGCGUUGUUUCUGUCAGGACUCGCGACACUGUAACAGGUUCACGGGGCCCUCAAAACAAUGUCACUGCAUAUCAGGAUACUUUAACCCACCAUUCUGUCAAGCAGUGACACCGCCGACGAUAUUAUCUUUCGAGAACACUGAAGUCAAUCCCGGCCAAAACACAACUCUCAACUGUACCGUGACGGCCUAUCCAACUCCAAAAGCCGGCGAAAUCAUCAUCCGUGGUCCCGCCCGGAGACGGGUGACUCUGAUGGACUCGGGAGAACUGGAAAUCUAUAUGUACACAAGGUUCAACUUGUACGCUGUGGAAUACGUGAACGCCGGAGAUCGUUUUACGUGUAUCGUCAAUUCCGUGGCCGGUACCACGUCUACGACAAUCACUGCCGGUGUUUACGAACUUCCUCGUUUGAACCGGGCUCCUUUCAUAGCCGAUGGGGGACUAGGUGUAAAGGAAAUUCACAUUCGGUGGCACAGGUGGGACCGGGAACGUGGGGAUACUGGGGACCCGCCCAUUCUGUGGUACAGUGUCAUGGUACAAGACCUCGACGACGGCACGGAACGGUUGGCGGGGAUAGUUUUGAACAUGAAUUGCCAAUACAUGUAUCUAUGUAAUUUUACCAUCACCGAUCUCAUCCCCAACACCAGACACGCCAUCAAAGUAUCGGCAAGGCGUGACGGCGAGGGCGGGGACGGUCCCCCGGGGCCAUCACUGAAUGCCACAACCAUGUGUGGAGCUCCCGAGUUGCCACCAAUAUUGAGGACAGUUACCUCUGGCUUUGAGUUCAACAGUUCCUUCCCGCAGACAGAACUUGUAGUCACAUGGAAGGAUCCACCCCGGUCCUCGUGGAACUGUGAUAACAUUAGUCUGUAUCAGAUAACCAUUUCCAACGCGCAGCACGCAGGUAACAAGCAGGCCGUGCACAUAUCCGGGACAACGCCCCAAGGAAGGAACGGGAUAAAGAGCGCCUCCAUAUCGGAUCUCCAGCCCGCUACCGAGUAUUGCGUUACCAUGAGUUUCCAGAGCAAUCGCGACCAGUACAGCCCGGAGUCUGAGCGGACCUGUACUUCCACACCAAAGACAACACCGUCGGCUCCACGAAAUGUCAAAUUGAUCCGACAAACCAGUAACAGUCUGACUUUUUCGUGGGAGAAACCGUUCCGUCCGCCCGCUGAUGUCAUGAGGUACAAUCUAGGCAUUUGGAAAACGGACAGUCGAGAAUUUACCACAAAAACUGGAAAGGAAGUGACGUCAUCAGCGGCAGUGGUUGCACACACACUGGAAGAUCUUGACCCAUUUACGAAUUACAGUAUUGAGAUUCGAGCAGUUAAUUCGGCUGGUGAUGGAGAUCCCAGUCCAAUUUUUGUCGCUGCUACAGCGGAGGGGCUACCCGGGCCGAUUCAGAACUUUCGAAAUAUUUCAAAGACAGCAACGUCUAUUGGACUUAUCUGGAAGGACUCCCGUACUACGAACGGACAGGUUCUUUCAUAUCUGUUGUCGUGUUUCCCAGUCGAGUCCAUGUCUGCUGCCCCUGACCAGCACCGGGAGGUCAAUGUCCUGCCGAGCGUGCAUCGCCACACCUUCAGUAACCUGGUGCCGGCCACCAAGUACCUCUGUAGUAUACACACAAGUACAAACAAGGGGACCGGUCCGUCCACAAGGAUAGCAGUAUGGACCAAACCUCUAGACCCCAAAGAGCCACCUACUCCAAAUAUCAUGGAUCACACUGAUACGACGGUAACAGUGCAGCUUACACCCUCACAGGACCAAACCAUAAGCUUCUAUCGCAUGAUUAUAGAAAAUGUGAGUUCGGGGCGUGUGACCAAAAGAAGCAUUCCAGACCGUAUACGCCAGGUUGGCUCCGACUUCUACGAAGCUCGAGCCCAAGGAACAGGUGCUUACAUAGCAGCAGAACUGACUCCGGACAAACUCAACGCCCCCUUUGUGGUUGGGGAUAAUAAGACAUAUCGUGGAUAUUAUAACGCCCCUCUGGUCCCCACCCAGAACUACGACAUUUGGUACGGCGCCUUCUCCAAUGUCGACGGGACAUUGCGGAAGUCGUUCUCUAAGGCUGAGCGUGCUGUAGGUGUUGCCCUGAGCGUGGCUCCGGCCCCGGAGAGUAACCACGUGCCUGUCAUCAUCGUCGUCCUUGUUGCAUUCAUCAUCCUUAUCCUUGUAUUCGCACUUCUUCUUUUCCUGUGGAGGAAACGCCACCUAGCGUCAGAACGUGAGAAGGCGGAAAUGCCCAACUUCGGUCCAACUAUUGUACCGGAACCGGAUACAUCAACCCCUUCUACACCUGUCGAUGACGUUGAGGCAGAACCGCUUAUAGAACACAGUACCGGCACGGCUACUGAUGCUGAAAGCGAACCUCUUUAUGGUAAUACAGGUAUCGGCAUCUUCCCUGCAGUAAAAGUCGAGGACCUGUGGGAUUACGUGAAACAGAACAAGGAAAACGAGGCGGAGGGCCUACGUCGAGAGUACCGGCUGAUACCUGCUGGCCUGACUGCAAGUUGUGAAGUGGCGAAGAAAACAGAAAACAAAAACAAGAACAGAUAUGGAAAUAUUAUUGCAUAUGACCAUACACGAGUUGUAAUAAAGCCCGUGGCAAACGAUAUACACGAUGAUUAUACCAAUGCGAACUAUAUAGAUGGUUAUAAGAAAUCGAAAGCCUAUAUCGCAGCACAAGGCCCAACAAAGCCCACAAUAGAUCAUAUAUGGAGAAUGGCGUGGCAAGAGAAAUCCAAGACAAUUAUCAUGCUAACAAACCCAACAGAGACGGGCAAGAAAAAAUGCGAGCAAUAUUGGCCCGACACAGGAAAAGAAAUAUAUGCUGGUAUAGCAGUAGAACUUGUCGACGUUGACCAUCUACCAGAUUUCACAAUCCGUACAUUCCAACUCUCUAAGGGUAACCAAUUCAGUGAGCUAAAGCAGUAUCACUAUACCACGUGGCCAGAUCACGGCGUGCCACGCUUCGGUAACUCCUUGCUGUUACUGCGACAGAAAAUUCGGGCCUACGACAAUCUUGAUGCAGGACCACCGAUAGUGCACUGCAGUGCUGGUGUUGGCCGAACUGGGACAUACAUUGCAGUAGACGUUAACCUUGACCAGGCUAAGAAUGAGGGCUUGAUAGACGUCCACAAUUUUGUCCAACAGAUGAGGACAAUGAGGGUCAACAUGGUCCAGACAUUGGAACAAUACAUGUUUGUUUACGAUGUUCUACUGGAAGCCUUAAUAUGUGGAGACACGUCAAUAACUCUCGAUUCUUAUCCAGACACCUUAUCAGAACUGCUGCAAUAUGAACAGAGUAUAGGGAAAACGAAACUAGAUGAGCAGUACGAGGUACUUAAAUUAGUAACAAAUACAAUGGAACGGGACGAAACGACGGUUGCUCUUCGUCCCGAGAAUAUAUUCAAGAACAGAUGUAAAAUGAUUGUACCGGCGAACAGAUGUCGACCGUAUCUGAUGACUCGGGUAGAGGAUUACAACGAUUACGUCAAUGCAAGCUUCCUCAAUGGUUACCGGCGGAAGGACGCGUACAUUGCCACCCAGAUGCCCAUGCCAAACACAGUGGUAGACUUCUGGAGAAUGAUAUACGACCACAACUCCUACUGUAUUGUCAUGUUGAACGAGGUGGAUCCCCAUGACGAGAUGAUGGAGCAGUACUGGACGUUAGACACGUGUGGUGAAAAGUACGGACCAUUCAUUGUGGAGACCACUGCUGAAAUCAAGUCUGACCCCAGCAUCACAGUACGGGACUUCACGAUCACCAAUACCCAAAACCCCCAAGAGGUACCACGGGUUGUGAGACAGUUUCACUUCCAUCGAUGGCCCGAAAUGAGUGUGAUACCUAGCUCGAGAGCUGCCCUGCUUGAACUCCUGGACCAAGUUGAGAUUUGGCAGAAGCAGAGUGGCAACAGACCUGUCACCGUCCACUGUUUGGAUGGUGCUACCCGCAGUGGGUUGUUCGUGGCCACAAGCUGUGUGUUGGAGAGGAUGAAAACAGAUCGUGAGGUGGAUAUUUUCCAGGCUAUUAAACAACUGCGGCUGAACAGAACCCAGAUCAUAGACUGUCUGGAGCAGUACAGGUUUUGUCACGAGAUAGCCCUGGAAUACCAUGCUACAGUGAGCGCGUUAACGACGUUUUCUUGACACCGUGGAUAACGGCAAUCACUCUGAUAACUGCUGUGUGGUCACUCCGCGUGAUGAUAUUGGUGCUUGGUAUCGUGACACGUGUAAACAACAGAGUUACUACACGUAGGAAUCGUAGUUACCACACGCGUACAUAAUGACCUUACGCGAGGGCAUCACAAGUGUAACACCUGCAAGCAUCAUAUUUAUCACACGUGUAAAGAUAAAGUACCACACGUGCAGACAUCAAGUUUUCACACGUUAAAUCAACAGACAAAGCAGUAGACAUCCACCACUUGGAGAUAUUUUCCCACCCGAUGACAACAUCCGGUGUUGACGUGAAACACGUUUUACUGUUGAUCUGUGUCCUAUUGUGAUUGAAUCGUUUUCGCAAUGUAUUCCCAAAGGGACUUUGUACAAAGAUAUAUAUUAUGAUUUAAAACAGACGAAGGCUCAAUAAAUACGUUUGUGAAUUUACAUAGAUUCACAGCCAGUUGCAAAUACAGUGUUGUAGACAUGCGCAGACAAAUUAGUACGGAGAGGGACGUCAUCCGAACUUUAGAUCUGUAUUCAAAUUCUAUGCAUUUUCAUUGUGAAAAUGAAGAGUUAAAAAGGAAAGAUUCCAGUCGGAUGACUCUUGUGCUAGCCAUUGCGCAAAGAACUGUGAAACUCAACGUGUUGUCAACAGACCCCGUGAUGGGAUUGUGCUCUCCACCAAACAAGUAACUGUCGUAACAAUAGCUACAAAAUGAUGGUGCUAACAUACCUUGUAGUGACGGAGAAUCAGAGGUUUUAAACAAAGUAUGUGUGUAACUGGUGUUAUAGACGGGCCGAUGUAUCAGAUUGAGAGAGACAGGGCACAGUGUAGACGGGUCAAGAGAACAGUCAGUUAAAGAUAGGGUAUAUUAAUAGAUGAAACCAUUUCCCCCCAUAUUCUCAUUGGCUGAAUAAUAGAAACGUGGAGGCCGAUGAUUUGAGGGUUUGGCUCUGGUUAACUUUCUUUAGAAACAUCAGGUGACAACUCUCUUCAUGACGCCACUUCAAUAGUGACGACACAAUACACUCUGCUAAAUGCAGUAUUUUUCUCUGGACAUUUUCUUACGCUUCAUCUUUUUUAUUGAUAAAUAAGGACUUAUAUUUAGGUAAAUAUGUGUUAUAUGGACCUGAAAAGUUAUAUUGAUCUCGAUUGUUUUCUCGGUCAUUGUCGCAUCUUCAGGUCUGUAUAACCGUAUAUUCACCUCAACAACGGUCCAUAAUUAUUAUAGACCAGCAUAUAUUACAGACGAUGAGAGUAUUAGACAUUAAACUUGUUCAGAGUUAAAAACGUUAAGUAUAACAAGUACAGGAAUGCAGGCAAAUCUAAUAACUUAGGUUAUGAACUUCUUUUGCUACAAUCAAGUUCAAUUAUAGAGUUUUAUAUCUGAAAAGAAAGCAGUUCGAAUCUUAUACUAAUAUUUCUCAAUGAUUCUGAAAUAAUUGAUAUCCAAAUUCUUAGUUUCUUCCUAAAAAUUAAGAUUGCUUGUAGAAAGAUUGAACAGCCAACAGACAGUCUCGGCCGGCUAUCUCCAUUGUUAUGAUUAUUACGUCACAAUGGUCAUGACGUCAUAUGGUGUUAUAAAUCACAGCUGUCUUUUGUAUGUUUAUAAAGUGGCAAUGCAGAGCAAAUGUGAAAAUUAUAGAGUGAGGAUCUGGUAUAAAUGGCAUUUAGAGGCAAAUCAAAUUUAUUAUUCUUUUCAAUUAUACUAUACAUCAGCCAUAAAAAAGCAGGUCCAAUGCAUGCAUUUACAACAUUGUGAUAUAUAACUUAAGAAUCUUACUAAUCAUUGGAAUUCAAUGGUGAAGCGCAUAGUUCUUUGUCAUUCAUCUUCUCAGAUCAAAAUUAACUGGGACGAAAACAGAUGGUAGCAAGUAUAAAUGUGAUAUAUAACAUAAUUUUCAGUAUUUUUUCCCCACUGGAAUCAGGAUUUGUUCUCAUACCAAUAUAGAAUGUGUUCGACAACUGUGAUACACGUUUAUAUGUUAAGCCACACACUUGUAUAUUUAAUACAAUCCAACUGUGUGACAUGCGUAUACUAUACCAGUAUAAAAGAAUAAACCUCAUUUUUUUCUGUUUUCCCAAUAAAGCUACUUACAGAGUCAAAAAAAGUAAAACCAUGAUUUUUUUCAACUUGCAAUUUCCGUGCGUUUUCCUACGAGACAAUGUAUUCGAAUUUCACCAAUCAUAUCAGUUAGUGAGAGCAUAUAUCGCCUUUGUUCGCAGGCGAUCUAUUUUAUGGAUAUUUUUGCUAAUCAAAAGACUUUUUAGAACUAAUGAAAUCACCACCCGUUUGAACAUUUUUAGCUCUGUGGAAUAAAAUAUAACACUGAUUCUCCAUCAGUACUUCCUUAUACAAGGGGACGAGUGUAUGUGUAUAGAAAUGUGAGAAUGAGUCUGGCGGUUGUUUUACGACGCGAAAGUGCAAUAUAUAAAUAGAUUAUAAAUAAUGUCAAAAAUCAUUGCGUAAAAUAAUAGUCAAAUUAUAAUGGCCUAGUCGUCAUUAAUUUAACUUUUCAUAGUAUAUAGUCACAUAUUGCCAUAUUUAUAUGAUAUGUAUUAUAAAGUCUAGUCAUUAUUUAUGAAAUGUAUUGAAAUGUCACGAUUAAUUUCAUAUGAUAUAUAUAAUACCCAUAUGUUGAAUCAGUCGUUCCACUUUAGCAUUUUUUCCAUCAAGAAUCAUCUAUGUUUAAUAAUUAAAAUAAAGUAAUUUCGAUAUACGUGUAGCAUAUUUAAAUAUUUUAUAUUACUUACUACUAUUUUAUAUAUACUCUAGUUACCACAAAGUAGACAACGCUGAACAGGAUUGUAUAUAGGCAUAGCGGAAUAUAUAAUAAUGAUUAUUUUCUGUACAUAAAUUCAUCUACAUAUAACAACAAUACUCAGCGCUAUGUGAUUAUCAUUCAGGUGCAUUACGUCAUAUGUUAAAACAACCGUUCAAUAAAAAGCAAUUUCUUUUCAGAGCAAUUUCACAGACGGGGUGGGGUGUCCGUUGUCACCAUUAUACAGAGUAAGACCAAGAAGUGUUUGGAGAGUAGACCAAAAUAUGUGUAAAUGAGAUGUCGUUUCUUUAUAAUAACUGCGAUUCUUGUUGUUCGUGUGGUGUUAAAUAUGUUUUAUUUAUUGAUAAUUACAUUAAUAUGUGUUACAGUGAAAUAAUCAUUUGUUUAAGUCAAGCACAUGAUGGAAAUUGUUGUAGUUACAUUCGUUUUUCUUUCUUCUUUCAAUUUCUGUGAAAUUGUAAGCUUAAUGCUAUGCACAGAAACAGUUAUUUUCCAUUACCUUGACUGAUCACCGUGACUAAACAAUAAACCUCACAAGUUUAGGACGUUAAUUUAUAUGAUGUAAAACAAAAUCAAAAACAAAAACAUUUUUGUAAGACACUUAUUAAGAUCGGAUUAAAUAACGUGUAUAUAUUAUCAAAACAACAUUGAUAACACACGAAUUAAAUGAAACAUUCGUAAGUAUUUUCUUUUUCAGUUUUACGAUUACAAACCAAUCUUGGUACAAAUACUUAUACAGCUAGUUUGACGACAUGAUUGGGAAGUAAAUCUGUUCACUCAAUCGCAGUACUUAUACUUGCGGUCUUUUGAUGAAGUCUUAUACCUACAGUGUGUCGAUACGUUAAGUUUGAGACAGUUAGCAGCUCUGCUUAAAAUCGUACAGUUGGCAGAAACAGUAAGUUUUGAAAAGUACAUUUGUUGAUUAACUUGGUGAUAUGUAGAAGUCUACAUUUUUUCCGCCGGUAAUAACCGAGCCUAAGACAAUGUUUUUGUGCACUUGAACAUAGCAUUUUACAACUCUACUCAUACUCGUGGUCUGCCAGUAUGAUAAGUUAAGAAUCGCGGUGGUUACAUGGUAUCCACGAAAAGAGCGAAUUUAAGUUCACCACGAAAUAGACUCAAGUUCAACAGUAUAUCCCUGACGAAGUACAGAAUACCGUCAUCACCGGCGGUUUUCUCCGAUACUAAAUUCUUACUUACUUACCCUGUCACGUGUUAUAUCAUUUUACAUUGUUACAGUUUAAGUUACGUAUGAACAAUUCCGCAAACAUGUAAGUGGUUACGUGUAUUUUGUUAAAAACAAAUACCAGAGUAAGUGACAUUUAAGCAUACAUUUUUACGUUUCUUGUUACUUUUGUAUGUGCUGGGCGGUGGAACCUCAUUAAGUUGUGUUGUUCAUUUAGAUAUGCUGGAGAAGCUUUAUGUGCAUAGUGGUUAUAUAUAUAUAUAUAUAUAACAAAUACGUAUAUUGUACAAACAAUCUCAUUAAACAGUUUAAUUGAUUGUAUGAUCACUAAAUACUAUGAUAAAACUAUUUA